CACGCUCCACGCACGCUCCACGCACGCCUCUGAGCAUUACGCGCACUGCCUGCCGGGGACCUGCACAGGUAGCCAGACAGUCAGGCAGCUGCGCGCCACCAGCUGGAGUCUCAUUCAGCCGCUCUGCCCAUGGAGGUCUGCUCUUCCUCUGCCUGCUGACAGAGUCUCGACCAGACAACCGAGGGAUUUUUGCCAGAGAGAAACACACCUCAGCUUUGCACAUCCACCGAAAUAAAGAUGUUCCCUUGGUCGGCUGUGUUCUCCCUUGAGCCCAAAGUGCCGGGUCAGCGCUCCACCGAGGAGCUGGUGACCAACACUCUGAUGCUGGAGCUGGGGGCCAUGGUGAAGCGCACCGAGCGCAUCCGUUUGGAGAGGGCCACCGAGGGCCGGCGCCGGCGCCGCAGCUCCUCCUCCACGGCAGACUACAGCUGGCUGGCGCACAACCCGACCCCCCAUCCCUACGAGCUCACCCCCAACGACCUGCUGGAGCUGCAGGACCUCUGUGCCAAGAUCCCGCCUGCGCAGUGCGGCCCCGUUAUCGUCAGGUUCAGGAGGCUGGUGUCGCAGAUGGAGCCCGAGGUGCACGAGGUCCCCCGGCUGUUUCGCACGGUGCUACGCGACUGCGUGGACGAGGUCAACGGCGACGAAGAGGCCCAAGGCCCGAGCACGAUGUACGAGAAGCACCGGCGCAGCAAGAGCCUCUCCUUCGUGACGUUCCGCACCAAGUUUCGCACCAGCCAGAUGUUCAAGGGGAGCGGCUUGAGGGGCUCCAGGGGGGACCUGCAGCAGCAAGUGGAUUGGUCCGACGAGGAGGAGGACGGCGAAGGCGAGGAGGAGGCCAUCAGGCUCAGAGCGAGGAAGGGGAGGAGCAAGAGCAUGCCGGAGAUCACCCCGCUGGAGCAGAGCGCCCAGGGGUGAGAAGAGGGGGCCUGGGGUGAUGGAGAGGAGGAAGACUUGUGGUGGCGAAGAGGAGACGUCACUUAGAGGAAGUGGGGAAGGAGAAGUGAGAGGGACUCAGAAGGGAUGGGAGACAAAUAGAGAGGAAAGAAAACAGGUAAAGGUUUCCAUCAAGGCAAUGAGACAAAAAAAAAAACCACUCAAAUUCCUCAAUAUGUGGUUUUUAGACAGAAAAGAUGGUGGUGGUGGUGAUGAAAGGAGGAGCUUUUGAAGAUUUUAUCACUUUCAGUUUAACCGUUUCAUUCCAGUGAACUUUAGGCAUCUCAGAAGCAUUACUGUUCUGGUUUUAGGAAGUCGUUAUGUUGCACCGACGGUUAAGCGCCAACCAGUCAUUAACCACGCAGCAGAUCUUUGAGGCAGAGUGACCCAAGGCUACGCUCCCGCAGUCUCGUUUAAACUGUGAUAUUUAUCAGAUUUUUUUUAUUAUUAUUGCAAAGUUACUCUUUAAAAAUUAUAUAUCAACCAUUGCAGACUUUGUUUUAGGCAAUUUAAAGACUAAACGAUGUCACAAUUUUGCACACGGACCAAUGAAGCCAUUGUGACGGAUCAACAGGGCUAUAACACAUCAUCUCUAGCAGGCGUUGUUAUCCUAGCCUCAUUAAUUGUGCAAUUAUCCCAGUAAGACAACAUAAUCGGUUGACAACUGUAAAAUCUGCUGGUGUGACCUUUGCGCAGCUUGGAUGCAAGUUCAACGACGUGCUGCAGAAAUAUUUAAAGAUAUCUCAUGAACUGUCCCCUUAAAGCACGUUAUGCAACAGGGAGGGUGGCUGUCCUCCUGAGCUGCAGGAGGACAUUCGGCUCAGGCUGCUUUUCUGCUAACUCAGCACAUGCCAUCAGUUAGCCAUGCUCUGCCAUCAACAAAACCGCUGCAAGUGGAAAUCAACCAGAAUCUUGCUGGAUGUUUCUUUUUUUUUUAUCAUUAUUAUUGUGAAUGCACACGCAUGUAUUUGGAGAAAUAAACAUGAAAUGUUCUGAUAUUUUCUGUGAUUAAAACAGUGUUUUCUGUA